AGUAGCUGCUGCUCCGGGCUUCGAUGUGCGCAGGCGUGAAGCAGCUGCAGGUUUGAACACAUCUCCAGAGCCCCUGAGCGAGUGUGUAAACAGUCCGGGUUCCUGCUGCUUUCUGCCAUGUAACACACACACCUGCUCUCUGUCCUCAUUCACACGCUCCUCAGCAUGGUGUCAUAUAAAAGAUUAACCCCCGAGGAGGUGCACUUCUCUGGAGUGCCGUUACUUCAGGCUCAUGAUGAUCAUCAGGACAGUGAGAUGAAGGUAGAGGAUGCAGAGCGCCCCCUGCUGACCCGGAGGCCUCGUUGCUCUGUCACUGCUGCGCUGCUCAUCUUAGGAGGCUUCAUCCUCGUAGUCCUCGGCAUCUGGUUGCUGGGAACCGUCCUUUGGCUGCGUAGCACGCCCUCUGUAGGAACUCGCCGUCCUCCACCCCACGCUGGUCCUCCCAGCAAGGAGAACCGGACACAGCCAGAAUCCUGCUCCGUCAUUCCCGAAUCCUGGAGGUUCGACUGCUACCCGGAAAAAGGAGUCGUGGUGACCGAGGAGAUGUGUCACGCCAGGAACUGCUGCUUUACCCGAGCGUCCGAGGAGAAGAGCGGCGUCCCGUGGUGCUUCUAUCCCACAGAAUUCCCGUCCUAUAUGCUGGUGUCCGUUAACGACACCGAGACGGGAAUGAGCGGGAAGCUGCUCCGUACUCAGAAGACGUAUUAUCCAAAAGAUAUCGAGGUCCUGAAGCUGGAGGUGCUGUACGAGUCAAACAGCCGGCUGCGUCUCAGGAUAACAGAUCCAGCACAGGAGAGGUUCCAGGUUCCUAUAGAGGUUCCUGUGGUGGGGAAAAGAGCUCCAAAUCCCCUGUACACUGUGGAGUUCUCCAAACAGCCGUUCGGGAUUAUAGUGAAGAGAAGGCAGAACGGAGCAGUGCUGUUGAACACUACAGUAGCUCCUCUCUUCUACGCUGAUCAGUUCCUGCAGAUGUCUACAGCUUUACCUUCAAAGUUCCUCUAUGGUCUCGGAGAACAUCGCUCCAACCUGGUGCAUGACAUGCAGUGGAGCACCUUCACCAUGUGGGCUCGAGAUGCAGCUCCUGAAGAGCUGAUCAACCUCUACGGAGCUCAUCCUUUUUAUCUUCUCAUGGAGGCUGAUGGACUGUCACACGGCUCUUUCCUGCUGAACAGCAACGCUAUGGAUGUUGUCCUUCAGCCUGCUCCUGCUCUCACCUGGCGCACCAUCGGGGGAAUUCUGGACCUCUAUGUGUUUGUUGGUCCUGAUCCGAGCUCUGUGGUGUCGGAGUACCUGGAGGUCGUAGGAAGACCUGCGAUGCCGGUGUACUGGGCUCUGGGGUAUCACCUCUGUCGCUGGGGUUACGACUCCAGCAACAAAACAUGGGAGGUGGUGAAAGAAAUGAGGAAUUAUGGAAUACCACAGGAGGUACAGUGGAACGAUAUUGACUACAUGGACCGCGCAUUGGACUUCACCUUCAACCCUGUGAGCUUCUCCACACUGCCAGACCUCCUCAAAGACCUGCACCUCCACAACCAGCGCUACGUCAUGAUCCUGGACCCGGGGAUCAGCAGUACUCAGCCUGCAGGUACCUAUGGGCCGUACGAGGAGGGAAUAAAGAAGGGGGUCUUCAUCAACAGCUCCACUGGAGAAACGCUGAUCGGGAAGGUGUGGCCUGGACUUACAGCGUUCCCAGACUUCUCCAACCCCGACACACACGAGUGGUGGUACCAGAACCUGCAGAACUUUCACAGCAAGGUUCCAUUUGAUGGCCUGUGGAUCGAUAUGAACGAACCGUCCAAUUUCUACGACGGGUCUGAAGACGGCUGUCCGGACGAUGAGAUGGAGAACCCUACGUAUACACCAUAUGUUUUGGGAGGAAGUCUGAAGGCCAAAACUGUGUGUGCAUCCGCACGACACAAAACCAACUCGCACUACAACCUGCACAACUUGUAUGGACUUAUGGAAGCUAAAGCGACUGCAAGUGCUUUGAAGAGGAUCCUGUCGAAGCGUCCGUUUGUGAUUUCCCGCUCCACGUUCCCGAGUCAGGGACAGUACUCUGGACACUGGUUAGGAGAUAACAGGAGUCAGUGGAAGGAUCUGUUCAUGUCUAUUCCAGGCAUGCUGACCUUUAACCUUCUGGGCAUUCCACUGGUGGGAGCCGACAUCUGUGGCUUUUCCCAGAACACCACUGAGGAGCUGUGUGUGCGCUGGACUCAACUCGGGGCCUUCUACCCCUUCACCAGGAACCACAACACCAAAGACUCGCUGCCUCAGGACCCCACAGCGUUCAGUUCUGCUGCACGGACAGCGAUGAAGGAAGCUCUUCUGCUCCGUUAUUCCCUCUUUCCCUUCCUUUAUACACUCUUUCACUACGCACACGUCCACGGACACACCGUCGCACGACCUCUGUUUUUCGAGUUCCCUACUGACGGAAAGACGUAUACGAUAGAUAAACAGUUCCUGCUGGGGAGGAGUUUGAUGGUGACACCUGUCCUGGAGCCCGGGGUGGAGUCUGUGGUCGGCUACGUGCCGAAAGGCCUCUGGUACGAUUUCUACACAGGUGACUUAUUGGUCAGUAAAGGUGAAGAGAUAAAGCUUCAUGCUCCUCUGGAUAAAAUCAACUUGCAUCUCCGUGAAGGAGUCAUCAUUCCCACACAGAGACCCAACACUACCCUGUGGGUGAGCAGUGGUCAGCCCCUUCACCUGAUCGUGUGUGUGGGUGAGGACUCUCAGGCUGAUGGAGAUAUUUUCUGGGAUAAUGGAGAAGCUCUGGACACCUACGAGAAGGAUGAAUACGCCUACAUACGCUUCCAGCUGAGACAGAACACAAUGACGUCGGAGGUGGUGCGCACUCACGUGGAGGCCACGUACCUCACCGUGGAGAAGGUCUCCUUUUACGGGGUGAAGACCGAGCCGAACAACGUCACAGUCAACUCACAAGAAGCCAAUUUCAAAUAUUUCCCCAAUCAGGUGUUGAGAGUAGAUGAGCUGGGGCUGAACCUCAGCCAGAACUUCACCAUCAGCUGGAAGUGAGCAGCUCGUGAGAGACUGGAACACGGGCUUUCAGCUUGACGUUCUAAUCCAAUCUCCGUAACAGGGACGUGAACUUACACACGUGUUCACUGUCGAUGUGCUGCUGCACUUUUUCAUUUAAAUUUGGAAUUCAGAGAUGAGAUCAAAUAUAAAACACUGCAGUGUGUGUGCGUGUGUGUGUGUGUGUGUGUGCGUGUGUGUGUGUGUGUGUGUGAACCAGUGUUCAGGGAAUGGGUGAAGUGCAAUAAUCUUCAUUAGACCCCAUUUACAUACUGAGGAAUUCCAGGGUGCCAAUAUUUACGUUUCAGGAACAGAUUUUGAGACGAAAACCUGCUUUUCUGCUUCCUCAGUUUAAAAGCAGCAGAUCAGAUGGUCCAUGAGUGACUCAGGUCAGGAACAUGAACCUUUAGUGAUUGUAGGUUUUCUGAAUUUCUCGUCCCCAGAACCCUUCACA